AGAAUUAUGAUAUUUUUAUUUAAAUGUUCAAAAUUCAAUAUUCAUUUAAACAACUUAAUAACACCAUUAUCAAGAGUCAUUCCACAUGAACAUAUAUCUAAAAUCAUAGUAAACAAUCUUAAAACACAUUCUGGAACAAAAAAACGUUGGAAAGCAUUACCUUCAGGAAAAUUUAAAAGAAGAAAAGCAGGAAAAACACACCUAAAUUCAGGCAUAAUUAUAGAGUAUAUAUUUUCAAUGGAAUAUCUUAUUUAUUUUAAUAUAGGAAAAAGCAGCACUCGACUAAAUAGACUUGGGAAAGCAACAUAUGCAGAUAAAGGAAAAUCAGGUCCACAAACACAACAUCUAAAGCGUCUUCUACCUUUCAGAUGAUAUGUUUCUAUUUUCAGAUCUGAAAUAAAAAAUAUCACAUUUACUAUUAACUUCAAAUU